AUGUGUCAUGGUCACCCUCGAUGGCAUCCGUGUUCUCACACCUCGAUCAACUGGCAUUACUGCCCUUCCGCCAUGAUCGACCUCGAAACGGGUGUCGAGACACCGUGCAGCCAUGUCAGCUACGCAACGGCGCAACCCAGCAAUACCGACUGUCCGCUUCUCAACUGCCAGUUCAAGGCUAUGGGUGGGACCUGGACAUGCUGCCAGUGUGGCCAAGGACCCAAUGACCAGGGUUGGUGUACGAUGCCGAAGCGGAUGCCGGACCAGAACUACGGUGGGAUUGCCGCCGAUGAGACCCGGACGUGUGACCACGGCUGCUGUGCGGAGUGCACACGCUACCUCCCGACUCGAGCAGCGACUCCUGACAUGACAUUCGGUGAGCUUCGCAAGGGAACGGCCAGCCGCAAGUUUGGGUACGGCUCGGCUACUCGCUCGCACCGCCGAGGCUCGGCCCUGUCCAAGAUCAACGGCUUCCUUCCCGUUGACGAGGAGGUUGAGACUACUUCGCCUUCUACAUCGGGCUCAUCUUCGAGGAGCAGCGUUUCCCACAAGUCGUCUGUCUCGAGUAGCACGUCUUGUAGGUCCUCGGCCUCGGCUGGUCGCGGAUCAGCACAUCGAGCCGACUUGGAGUACAGUUCGAAGAGGCACAAGUCCUCUUCAGGCAAGUCGACCAAGAAGAGUCAGAAGUCACUGAGAUCACAUUGA